GGUCCCUCAGGAAGGUCGGCGCGCGGAGCGGCGUGAGUGUGCUGCGCGAGUGGCGCCGGAGAAUACCCGCGGUAAUCUCUGACUGUUGGUCCCCGCAGCCGGAGCCGCCAGCUGCGGGCCUGCCUUCUCCCCGCUCUCUCUGCGCUCCGGGCCGGGCCGGCGUGAUGGCGGAAGCCGCGGCUUGCGGCGCCGGCGGAGAGGCGAUGGCGGCCGCCGAAGGCUCCUCGGGCCCGGCGGGCUGGUGUCUGGGCCGGGGCUUCUCCAACUACCGGCCCUUCGAACCCCAAGCGUUGGGCCUCAGCCCGAGCUGGCGGCUCACCGGCUUCUCGGGCAUGAAGGGCUGAGGCUGCAAGGUCCCGCAGGAGACGCUGCUCAAACUCCUGGCGGGACUGAUGCGGCCGGACGGGACCCCGCUGGGCCGGUCCCGUGGUGGCGGCCACGAGGAGGCGCCGCAGGAAGGCGGCCUGCCCGGGGCGGAAGCCAGCCCGAGCUGCCCGGCCCUGGACAUCGGCCUGGACUCCUGUGUCAUCCCCCUGAGGCACGGGGGCCUGUCCCUGGUGCAGACCACAGACUUCUUUUACCCCCUGGUGGAAGAUCCCUACAUGAUGGGGCGUAUCGCUUGCGCCAACGUGCUGAGCGACCUCUACGCCAUGGGCAUCACCGAAUGUGACAACAUGCUGAUGCUCCUGAGUGUCAGCGAGAGCAUGAGCGAGGAGGAACGAGAAAAGAUAACGCCGCUUAUGAUCCGAGGGUUCCGCGACGCCGCAGAGGAAGGCGGCACGGCGGUGACGGGUGGGCAGACCGUGGUGAACCCUUGGAUCAUUGUCGGCGGGGUCGCCACCGCGGUUUGUCAGCCCAAUGAAUUUAUAAUGCCCGACAGUGCGGUCGUGGGCGAUGUGCUCGUGCUGACCAAACCCUUAGGGACCCAGGUUGCCGUCAACGCCCACCAGUGGCUGGACAACCCGGAACGAUGGAAUAAGAUCAAGAUGGUGGUCUCCAGAGAAGAGGUAGAACUGGCUUAUCAAGAGGCCAUGUUCAACAUGGCCACCCUCAACAGAACGGCCGCUGGAUUGAUGCACACAUUUAAUGCCCACGCCGCCACUGACAUCACUGGCUUCGGCAUCCUCGGCCACGCUCAGAACCUGGCAAAAGAACAAAGAAACGAAGUGUCCUUUGUCAUACAUAAUCUGCCGAUCAUUGCUAAAAUGGCUGCCAUCAGCAAGGCCAGUGGCCGGUUUGGUCUCCUUCAGGGAACGUCUGCUGAAACUUCCGGUGGACUCCUCAUUUGUCUACCUAGAGAACAGGCAGCUCGCUUCUGUUCCGAAAUCAAAUCUUCCAAGUAUGGAGAGGGCCUCCAGGCAUGGAUUGUCGGCAUUGUGGAAAAGGGAAACCGGACUGCCCGAAUCAUUGAUAAGCCUCGCGUCAUUGAAGUCCUACCUCGUGGGUCCACCGCAACUGCUUUAGCCCCUGACAAUCCCAAUGUCUCCUCUGAGGCUAGCUCCUGAGAUGGGCUAGCAGAAGUUGUUUGGACCGAGGAGACAUUGUGCAGCAGUCCUCAGGAGUUGAUUUUAAGGAGAAAUUUCCAAAGAAGGCUGCCUGCAUCCUAGUUCCAGCUACCCUCUCCAGGUGAUUUGACUCAGCCCAUCAAAAGCUGCACAUUCCAAGGCCAGAAAUAACAUUUUUAAACUUUUGGGGAGGGGGAUGGGAUGUAUGUUCAUCUCUUGCAUAGAAGAGGAAUAGGAAAACCUGUUUCCUCUUUCUAAGGGCAGGAUAAAGCUUUUCAGGUAUGGGGGAUUUUUCUUGGUGCAGAAUUAAUUGGUUUUUGCACAGAGAAUGAGAUGAUUCAAAGUACAUACACACCAAAAAAGAAGAAAAAAAUAGCAAAUUGCUAAAAAACAUUUAGAUCAGAAUAACUGGACCAAUGCUGUUAAAAAAUUGAGAUCUUACAAUGCAGUGUCAAAUUGUUUAUUCGAUUUUUUUUUUCUGAUAUACUAGCUCUUUCCUGCUUUGGACAAGAAUUGAGCAGCUUGUCCAAGGCUUGGAAAAGGAAGAGCUGUAGCCGUCUGACUUGGCCUCUAUUAAUGAUGUCUCUCCCUCUAAACCCCACUAGGGAUUGGGAGAGUCAGAACAAGCCCCAGAGGCCAGGCAUUGAUGGCCUAUAAGAUGUAAGUCUUGUGCUAAAAGAGUCUGUUAAUUUAAUCAAAUUUUUGGUGAAAUAAAAACUUUGUCGCAAAACUUC